CCAAGCAGUAAUAGGUUUUAUUUCUAAUCGAUGAAGGACUUAUGAGACUGUAAGAAAUAUCCUCGGGAGGAGAGCCCUGGAAUAUUUUUUAUGAUUGAUCAAUCAUGGUCAUCAUGUGUAGACGGUGGUUGGUGUGCUCGCUGAGGGGUCAGUAUAGGAGCUUCAGUUGCUCAGCCUCCCGCAGGACUGUGAUGCCUGCAUGGGUCAUCGACAAAUAUGGGAAAAACGAGGUGUUGCGUUUCACUAAGAACGCGGCGCUUCCGAUCAUCCACUAUCCCAAUGAAGUGAUCGUGAAGGUGCACGCUGCGGGUAUAAACCCCAUCGACAUCAGUAUGAGGGGUGGUUAUGGAGCAGCUACUAUGGCCAUGAAACGUGAUCCACUGAACAUAAACCAGGCAGGCAGUGAGUUUCCUCUAAUCCUGGGGCGGGAUGUAUCUGGAGAGAUCAUGGAAUGUGGCCUGGAUGUAAACUACUUUAAACCAGGAGAUCAGGUGUGGGCCGCUGUCCCUCCAUGGAAGCAGGGCAGCCUGGCAGAGUUUGUAGUGCUUAGUGCCAAUGAGGUGUCCCAUAAGCCCAAAUCACUCAGGCAUGUUGAAGCAGCAUCCAUCCCGUAUGUGGCUGCAACGGCCUGGUCUGCCAUCGUCAACACCGGUGGCCUAAACAAAGACAACUGUGCUAAGAAACGCGUUCUGAUCCUGGGAGGAUCAGGAGGAGUGGGAACCUUUGCUAUACAGAUGAUAAAGGCCUGGGGCGCCCAUGUGACUGUAACAUGUUCCCAGAAUGCAGAGCGACUGGUGAGAGAUCUGGGUGCUGAUGAUGUCGUAGACUACACUGCUGAACCAGUUGAAAAGCAACUACAGACUUUAGAAAAGUUUGAUUUGAUUUUAGACAAUAUUGGCGGUGAAACUGAGAAAUGGGCACUAAAUCUUCUGAAGCCCUGGAAUGGUGCUAAAUAUGUUACUCUAGUAACACCGUUCUUGCAUAACACAGACCAACUGGGCCUAGCAGAUGGAAUGAUGCAGUCUGGAGUCACCAUAGGAUGCAAAGUGCUGAAGCACCUCAGGAAAGGAGUGCACUAUCGCUGGGGUUUCUUUGCUCCAAGUGGCCCAACGCUGGACGAUAUCAGCGAAAUGGUUGAUUCCGGAAAGGUUCGUCCCGUGGUGGAGGAAGUGUUCUCAUUUGCUAAGGUGCCUCAAGCCUUUCAGAAAAUAGAGCAGGGUCAUGCUCGUGGCAAAACUGUGGUGUCCAUCACUGAGGACCAGAAAGAGUGACUAUGGCAACCAAAAACCUACUUAAGCUGUUAAACCUGGCACUUUUUUAAUGUCCGUUGAAUUAAACACAUUUAUCUAA